CGAGCAGCCCAGAGAGGACUACAGUCAAAGCGUCCACACUGAUACGGCUUUCUCUAUUAAUCCGUCCCCGCUGCGUGAACUCCGGUGUCUGUGAAGAGGGAUAGGGCGGAAGGGAUGCCGAAGUAGCGCGGGAUGCUGCGCGGUGUCAACGUCGUAGGAGGACGGCUCAGAGUGAACCAGCUGGAGGUGAAACACGAAUGGCUUCUCCGGAGCUGCUUCCCGCUGACGAGGGAGGCAGACAGCCCGACCAUCCCGACGUCCUUGACCGGGUUUCGAGCGCGCUGCACAUCCGCAAGUCAGGCGGAUCAACAGGAGGUGCGCUCCCGGGGGAGGGCUGCUGUAACCCGGCCCGCGGCUGCCACGACCGGUGUCAUUCAGCGGCGCCAAGGACGGGUAAACUCGGUCCCCUCGGCGAGGAGAAAGUCCGGGUUUGUUGCGACGAGGAAUUAGAGACUUCUUUCACGUACAUUGAUGAGAAUGUUAACCUGCGUCUGGCCAGCCCGGAUACUAGUUAUAAAAGUACUCACAGGCCCGUGCGCAACGGCGAGCCGUGCUCCGAGACUUUCCCGGAGCUUUCCUUCAUGUCCGAGGAUGAUUUGUCCUUCGGGGAGGGCUCCGGGAGCUCUGUAGACUACGGCUUUAUCAGUGCAGUCACGUUCUUAGUGACCGGGAUCUCCUUGGUGAUCAUCUCCUACGCCGUCCCUCGGGACGUGGUGGUGGACCGUGACAGCGUGUCGGCGCGGGAGAUGGAGAGGCUGGAGAUGGAGAGCGCCCGCAUAGGUGCCCACCUGGACCGGUGCGUCAUAGCGGGGCUGUGCCUGCUCACGCUGGGCGGCGUGGUGCUCUCCACGCUGCUCAUGAUCUCCAUGUGGAAGGGGGAGAUGUACAGGAGGAAGGUCAUCGCUUAUUCCAAGCGCUCGGCCAAACAGUACGGCUCCAUCAGCCUGAAAACUAGAUCCAGUCCCAGCCACUCCUCCGCGCACUUGUCCCUGGAGGAGGAGAUAGAGGAAACUUUGACUUGAGAUGCUGCUCUGCUUGUGAAUCUUUUUUUGUGUAUGACUGAGGAAUUAAUGCCACUCACACACUCUCUUUAACAUACUGUAGCCUGUAACUGUAUUCAAACAUUCACAAAGUGUAAGUCUGCCGCAACUUGUUUUGUCCUCCUACUGUAGAAAUAGCUCAGACGCUGUAUUGUAUAUCCACGAGGCGACGGAAAGGACAGGAAAAGCACUCCAAUGCGAAGUGAGCAAUGACCUGAAAAGCAUUAUGUGGUAUCGAAUUGGUCCCAAGUGAUUGAAAAACGGCACCAAACCACGAAAGCGGAACCGAGAAUGCUGAGAGCUUUGAGUCACAAACACUGGAUCAUAUUUUUCUUCUUUUCCUUUUUUUUCUGCACCCGGGAUACAAUCUCUGAGAGCCUCCAUUUAUUAUUAAGGCUAUUCAUAUUUAAUGCGAAUGUUUCCAGCAGCGAACUUGUGCACAGACACAUUUCAG